UCCCGGCCCGUUGCAUGAGCGCGCGGCCCGGCCCGGUCUGAGGAUGCGGGAAGGGUUGGCGCUGCCCGGGGGCCCCGGUGCCGCCCCGGUGCCCGGCUUCCUGGCCAAGCUCUGGGCGCUAGUGGAGGAUCCGCAGAGCGACGACGUCAUCUGCUGGAGCAGGAAUGGUGAGAACUUCUGCAUUCUGGAUGAGCAGAGGUUUGCCAAGGAGCUGCUCCCCAAGUACUUCAAACACAACAAUAUCUCCAGCUUCAUACGACAGCUUAACAUGUAUGGUUUCAGGAAGGUGAUUGCCCUUGAGAAUGGCAUGAUUACAGCAGAGAAAAGCUCAGUCAUUGAGUUCCAGCACCCUUUCUUCAAGCAAGGCAAGGCACAUUUACUGGAAAACAUCAAGCGCAAGGUAUCUGCAGUAAGGACUGAGGAUCUCAAGGUCUGUACGGAGGAUUUGCACAAAGUACUCUCUGAAGUCCAAGAAAUGAGAGAGCAGCAGAACAACAUGGAUGUCAGGCUGGCUAACAUGAAGAGAGAAAAUAAGGCCCUGUGGAAAGAAGUGGCAGUUCUAAGGCAGAAGCACAGUCAACAACAGAAGCUGCUGUCUAAGAUUCUUCAAUUUAUACUGAGUUUGAUGCGAGGAAAUUAUAUUGUUGGGGUCAAAAGGAAAAGGUCUCUGACAGAUGCUGCAGGUGCUUCACCUUCCAAGUACAGUCGGCAGUAUGUUCGGAUUCCUGUGGAGAGCGGCCAAGCAAUGGCUUUUGCUGAGCAUCAUGCAGAUGAUGAGGAUGGAAAUGGUUCAGGUCUCAUCAUCCGAGAUAUCACAGACACCCUGGAAAAUGCCACUGACGGACUCCUCGCUGUGGCACACACAAGUGGCAAAGCCAGGGAGAUGCAGGCAGCGCUGGAUCCUGGCUUACCUCUUUGUCAAGUGUCGCAGCUGAACGAGUUAAACUGUGCAGAACCCAUCCCACCAGUUCAUAUAAAUGAUGUCAGCAAACCCAGUGAACCAGGAAAUGCUGCUGUGGAGCUCCAUACUGCACAGCCUAAUACUCCAGAAGACCCUGUGUCAGUGAUUGACUCCAUCCUGAAUGAGAACAGCUCUGGGAACCAAAGCGAUCCUUUGCUGGACAGAGAAGAAAUUCAGGACUUUCUCAACUGCAUUGAUGCCAGCCUUGAAGAGCUGCAAGCGAUGCUGUCUGGGAAGCAGUACAGCUUUGGUUCUGAAGCCUUCAGUGACGCAUUUAAUCCUGAGCUGCCAGCCCUGGAUAUGAGCUUGAUGGAAACCUCCCCUGGUAUGGAAAAUAUUUCAGACUUGGCAGAGAGCAGUGAAGAUCUGGGAGCCAGUGAGAGAGAAACAGCAGGAAGCAAAGAUAUGCAGCUGAUACAGUACAGGGCCAAUCCUCUGCUUUCAUUAUUUGAAGAGCUACCUUCCAGUGAAGCUGCAGGGAAGACAGAGGAUCCAAAAGACCUUCUGCUGCCCACCCUGGAGGAAAAACCUGCUCUUCCUGCUCCCUCAGGGAGCGGAACUGACUUGCCACUAGCAGCUCCAGCCAGCCAGGCUGAGCCUCUGGAUGCUCUGGGAAUGAGUGAUCCACCUCUGCUCUCAGAAGAUGGGAAUGGAGACUAUAAACUGUUCCCACUCUUACUCCUCAGUCCUGUUGCUAAUUUCAUAGAAGAGGCCUCUGAGAUAGAAACUUCUUGAACUUGCCACGAGAUCUGCAGCUGGCUUAGUUGACGUGACAGCGAAGAAAUAGACCAGCCAGAAGUUUGACCUCUCGUCACUUGCUUCCUGGGUGUUCUGUUCUGUGCAGACAAAAGCAAGUUCUCUGUCUACAAGCAAAGAGCACAUCUGUAAAACAAAAAAACCCACCCAGAAAACUGCAAACGAGCUCAAACCAAGAGCUGCUGGGAGUGGAGGCAGUGGGCAGAGGAGAAACACCACCUCCCUGUAGACGUACCACGGCAUAUUCCCUAACUUUGUAUCCGAUAUCCUUGUUGCCAGAGGGAAAUCUCUUUGUAUCCUGGGAGUGAAGGCAGUGGGCAGAGGAGAACCAGCACCUCCCUGUAGACAUACCACAGCAUAUUCCCUAACUUUUUAUCCAAUGUCCUUGUUGCCAGAGGGAAAUCUUGUUUGUAUCCUGUUUGUAAACUCCGGCCGGCGUUUUGGUUUUCGUUUGGGGUUUGGGUUUGGUUUGGUUGGGUUGGGUUUGGGGUGGUUUUUUUAUUAGCUGGGAUAGCUCUGUGGUGUGUCAUAUUUUAACCAUGAGCUGUACUCUUUUUCUCAGAGGCUGUUUCAGUAGGGUGGCUUGUCUGGAGUGAAGGGUUGUGUGUUUUUUUUGUUUCGAGUGUUUCGUUUCCUUUGGGUUUAUUUGAGAUACUUUUGAUAGUUUGUGGCUGCAGUUGUUUGCAUCUGCUUGGAUCACUUUGGUAUUCCUAGAUUUGCUGCUAGGUACAGGGAACGUUUUUCCUAUGGAAAAUGACAUUUUAACUGUGGACUAUUACUUUUUAACAUGCUCAGCCACCUCCAUUGCCACGGGCUGUAGGUGUUGUGGUAGGAAGUGUUCGCCCCCCUGCCUGACGCUGGUUUCUCAUGCACAUUGCAUGGCAGUUCUAGGGCAGCUUGCACCUAGCUCACAGGUCCUGUGUCCUCAGAUGUGGAGUGCAAGAUGAUUCACAUCUAGCAAAGUCCAGCAGCUGUCCUUAAAAGUGAGAGAGAGGGGGAGAGGGGGGAAAAAAAGGAGUCACGGGGUGACGCUGACGUGGAGAUUUCUUUCCCACUUGCAGUAGUGACUUGCUCACCUCACCCUAGAUGAGCACUGGACUUCCCACUGCAUUUUCUGUGUGUGGAACCUUAAGGCUAAAUUCAGCAGAUUCACCUGAGUCCUUUGACAGCAGAUUACAAACACUAGUGUCUGCUUAACCAAAAGUUCCUUCCACAAAGUUUCUUUUCACCCUGUUUUCCUGACUCCUUUGAGCAGCUAUGCCGCAGGCAGCAGCCUCUGCUGUCAGGUUCUCUUUCACCAGUGCCAAGGUUGUAGCAAUCACCACUUGCCCACACAAACCUGAAACAUGAAACAGAACUUUUGGGGCUGGAAAAGGCCUGGGGACAGGUAGAAAUCCCAUUGUAUCACACCAUGUGUUUCCUACCAGCACAAUUACUUCAGUUUCCCCACCUCCCCUCCCAGUUUUAGGAAUUCAGGCUACCUACAGGCUUUGUCCUCUGAGGUUUCUGAACCACUAAGUCUUGAGUUCUUUUAUAUUCAAGAAUUGAAGGUGAUUUGAUAUUCUGGAGCCUAUUAGAUAAUGCAUGUUAUCUAUGCUGACCUUAAUUGUCAGCUCCUUUGAGUGGCAGAGGAGGAUCUUGCUACCAACUGCGUGUAUAUGUGUGAUGCCUUCACAGUGUGGUUUUAUUCCCAGGCUUCUGUAGCUGUUCUUUACCUUGUGACCCUUCAUCUUUGUGCCUUUUGAAUUGCUUAUUGUUAAGUAUGUCAUACUCUAGCCUUUUCUAGUGUUUCUUUUUGCUUUCUUGAGACAAAGGGCUGAAGAGUCUCCAGUUUUCAUGGGCUGAAGAGUCUCCAGUUUUCAUGGGCUGAAGAGUCUCCAGUUUUCAUGGGCUGAAGAGUCUCAGGUUUUCAUGGGCUGAAGAAUCUCAAGUUUUCAUGAGCUAAAGGGGGAGGGGGCAGUGAGUGAAUCCCUAUCUAUUUUGACCUCUUGAGUUUUAUCAUUUCUCCCCAAGGGCCUCAGUUUUGCCACAAGUGCAACAACAAAAAACUGGCUUUUCUUCUGUGCUGUUUGGACAGCAUGGUGCAGACAACAAAGUUAUUUGAGCAGCUGAUCUUCUGUCACUCCCAGCUCAUGAAUAGGUUGGACUGCAGUGUAGUUUCUGUUACAGAUUAGUCAUGUUCUUCCAUCAUGGAGUCUUCUGGUCUCAGUGCAUCUCCCCAUCAGAUACUUGAUCUGAUUGCAUAAUCAUUUUUUAAUACACUUUCUCUCUUAAGAAACCAAGGCUUAAGAAAACUGCAAACAAAAAACAGACCCUUGUGCAUUUGUGUCUGGUUUAUGUCCUGGUCUAGGAAGAAUGUUUCUUUGUGCAAGUUUCCUAAGACAGAUUGCAGUGGAAAGGGCAAGGCUGAAUAGCAAGACAAACCCACAUGCUGAAGUAAUUAAAGGCAAGAAUUACA